AUGGGCAGCCUGGGGGUGCAUGGAAGACUACUGAGUAGAGGAGAGAUGGAUAGUAAAAUGGCAGCAAGUAUCAAGUCCCGUUUUAGUUCUGUCAGAAAUGUUGUUGUGGACCCCUCUGAGAAACAGCUUCAGAUGUACCGUUCACUUAUAGAGAGUAAUCAGUCAGCUUUUAAGGGCAUCGAGUUCGACCUGCGCCAACUCAGCAUCGACAAGUAUCGUACCAACGAAGAAGAUCACCCACCCAAAUACCACUUCAUUAACGCAAUUCAGUCUCUUUAUUAUGUUGAUGACGUUAAGGACACAGUGAGGUACCUCUACGAUCACUUGGAGAAGGGCGGAGUUAUGUUAAUCACGAUUGUCUCGGAUACCUGCGGUUUCUGGCGUCUGUACGACACCUUUCCCCGUUUGCGGGACAUCGUCGGACACUACAUGUGCGUCAACCAGGUGCGCCAAUGCCUUUACUCCCUCGGCCUCCCCUUUGAAGAACAAUGCCAACCAUUCCAUGCCGACAUCAGCAGCUGUUUCCAAGAAGGGUCAACGGAAAGAGCUUAUCUCAUCGACUUCAUCACUCAGAUCAAGGAUUUGCGUGGAACGGCGUCGCCCGACUUUUACGGAGAGGUGGUCGAUUUUCUUGGGUCAAGCAAGUGCUCGAAUCAAUGACUGGGAUGCUGUCGUAGUGCAAAAACCGGUCUCGUCUUAAAGCAUCAAUCUGUAGCACAAUGUUUGAAUGUACAAUUCUCUGUAGAUAGAUAUAUAUAAAGAUGGACAGAUGAUUAGAUCGAUUGAUGGAUGGAAUUGAUAGACAGAUAGAUAGAUAGAUAGAUAAAACGAUGGAUGGAUGGAUAGAUCAUAGAGAAAAUUAGUAGAUACAUCCUAUACAUAGAAAGAUAUUGAUACCCAGCUUGUAACGUUAUCGAUUUAUCGAUAUUUAUUUAUGUUCAAUGAUUUCGAAAUAACGUCUUUCACAAAUAUACGAAAGAUUUUGUUUUGUUUUCCUCGUGUUAGUC